UCUAAAAUCGAACUGUAGAAAGUAUGCGAACAUAAAAUCCUACACGUUGCAGUGGAUCUUCAGUCAUCUACCGUUGAUUUUCCAAGGUGUAAAAUCAAAGCUGAUUGGUCAGAAUGACACGGAUCAUUCCUUUUAUUGGAUACAUCCAUCUAGUUAACGAUACCUUAAAGUUUUAAACCAUCGACAAAUAGCGUUUACUCUAAUUCAAAUCUAAGUAUGAUCUUUCUCAAGGAUAUUGAUAGAUAUAAUACUUAUUACACUUUAGCGACUGUGUUCAUUGAUAUUGAAAUCUAAUACAAAUGAGGUAAACAGUUGUAAUACACGGAAAACAGGCUGAACACUACUAUUUGUCUCAAUAAAUAAACCGUAUGCUGAAAAAAGUAGAUUUUUCAAUAAAGCCAGCGAAAACCUUAUUUUUCAUUUGAAUAAUUGCAUAAUAGGUUUUGCCUUUUACAGCACUAGUCAUUCCUUUCAAAUAUUGUGAAAAUUUCUUAGUAAUUAUUCCUGUGUUACAAAGCAUGGUUUAAUAUGUUCUGAUUGUUGUAGAUAAAUCAAGACUCGUCAUCAAGGAUGUUGAUGGUGAGAUAGAAACAAGUUGUAUUCAACCAGAGAAAUACAGAUCAAAAGGGUCUAAGAUACAUAUUGAGAUUCCGACUAUACAAUAUAAAGGAUUUAGGUUACAUUAUAAAAUGUCGAAUCAUGCUCUUCAAAGAUAUACUACUACCAAGUAUGGUUAUAUUUCUGUAUUAGAAUAUUGUUCAUGGUUUUUCCGAAAAUGCUACACAGUAUCAUAUGAAAAGGUAUCCUGGGAUACUGCACAAACUAAAUGUCUUAAUGAUGACAAUAAACAUCUUGUGACUAUUGCAUCGAAAAAAGAAAUGAAUUACGUCCAAUACUUACUUCGAAGUGUGUUGUAUAUGCAAAAAGAAGGCACUGAUGAACGAAAACUUCAUGGAGCACACAUUGGUUUAAGGCGUGUAAAGGACAGACAAAUGAGAAUGAAUUUCAUAUGGAUAAAUAACAAUAACGUAACCUUCAGCGAAUGGAAAAGAAGGCAUCCUUCAACUGGGGAUUGUACUCGUACCUCAUUCGAGUAUUUCAACACCGAAGAGAAUUGGGAAACAGAAGAUUGUUAUAAUAGUUUGGUCGGAUUUUACAUCUGUGAAAACACCUUUUUAGUGAACACAACUAAAC